UGGCCUGUCAAUCGUGUCGCAAGCGCAAGGUCAAGUGCGACCGGGCAUUGCCACAGUGUAUGGUCUGUGAUCAAACAGGCCAGACAUGCAAUUAUCCGCUUCAGUCAAUGAAACCCGGGCCUAAAAUUGGUAUGGAAUGGCCACAUUUUGCCAUAAGCCGCGACAAGUUGGAGGCACAUUGACAAUAUCUAGGGUCUUCGCAGAAGAAGAGAAAACGCCCACGACAGAAUGAGACAGCGCAGAGACGACAGAUUAACUCGCCUUCUAGACCGCCACCCGGUCCCGACAAUGGCCGACGGGGUAGUUACUUCGGCGCAUUGCAUGAUCAGCCGGAGAAAGAAGAUUUGGCCCUCGCCGUCCAGGCCGAUCUUACUGAGACAACUGGGAUUGAGGCGCGGGGAAGCUCGCAACACCGAACCUCUCAGUUGAAUACGCUUGAUCUCGCUUUCAUUUUACAUCCAUCACACGAGGCCACAAGUCCCUCCCAAAAGAAGAGCCCGAGCUCUCAGGAUGGCCAAAAGACAGAUCUCUGCCGUCAAGCCUGCACAGAGCUAGGCGUCUCGCAAGCUUUCAUGAAUGAAAUCAUUCGAGUUUUUUUCGACAACAUGGUCGCUAUAAAUAUCUUCCAUGAGCCUUCGUUUGCAGAAAAGCUUUCCAAUAUCUCUUCGUUUUCUCAAUUGACUGCCCUUCUGGCGGCCAUAGCUGGUUAUGCCUCACGUUUUGGUGCCCUAAGAACCAACGACGUAGAUAGCGACGCAGUUCAGCUCGUAGCAAAGAGUCACCGACAGCCUGCCUACUUCAUUGACCUUGCUUUCAAGUACAUAAACGAGGCGCUUGCGGAAUGUGGCGAUGAGAUGCCGCCACUUUGCGUUAUACAGGCUCUCAUUAUUGCAACGCAUUGUCGACUGAGCCAGGGGGUCCGCGGAAAGGCAUGGAGAUCUCUGGGAUUGUGUGUCAGUUUGAUAUACGAAACAAACCUGCAUCUUCUUGAUUCCGGGAAGGUUAUAAAAACGGAGGAUCCCCACCGCUGGCAAGAAGACGAAGAAAAGCGUCGUGCUUUCUGGGCCAUCUGGGAAAUGGAUGUUUUUGCCAGUACUAUCCGUCGGACGCCAACUACUAUUAACUGGAGCCAAAUGGAAAUAUUGCUUCCAGUUGACAACGCUCACUGGUUCUCGGGCCACCCUACUUCAAGCUGCUUUAUGGAGGCGGACAUAAACAAACGUUGGAAGGCGUUGCAGGACAGUGGUAACCAGUCGUCGAAAGCGUGGUUCCUAGUUAUCAAUUCUCUCAUGAAGAAUGCCCAGAUCGCCUGUGACCCACAAGGAGUGGCUGCCAUAGGUAAUCAGGGCUAUCGUCAGCAAAUGCCAAAUAGCCAGAGUUCAACACUCGAAUCGGCCAUGGAGGCUCGUCAAAAAUUGGAGAUAUUGGCAAACGCCGUACGCUGCUUUACUUUGGCUUUGCCCAGCCAUCUCCAGUAUCGCGAUCAAUAUCUGGCCUUUGGGGUGCCGGUACAAGGGGAGUUAGAAUCUCAACGACAGCAGCACUCCUCGAUCUACAAUAUCUUCGUUAUGACCCAACUGGCUCGUUUGAUGAUCUACAGAUAUGACGCAUUCAGAUCUCAAAAUCGUCCAACUGAAACCAGUGGCCGUCAUCCUUCCGGAAAUUCCGCUGGUCGGAGUACAUUUAGUCUGCUCGAUACGGAAAAUGGAGCGCUUCGACAGUAUUACGAGGCAGCAGAUCGUAUUCUGGGAAUAGUGAAUCGGUGUUGCGAGGAUCAUGUUCAGCAUAUUAAUCCAUUUCUCCCUAGUACCAUAUGGCUUGCCUCGGCGGUGCAACUGGUCCGCAAACAUUUUGCUCGAGCACAGCCCAAUCGAGAUCUAGUAAAGUCGCGCUUCGACGUUCUUUAUCUGACCUACAAGCGAUGCGUUCAAUUUUGGGAUAUUCAAACCGCUCUCCAGAAGAACUUAGAGUUGAUCGAGGAGCAACUGGAAGCCCGGAACAAGAAACCGGAGGUUCGAGCUUGUCCAUCCUCUCAAGAAGCGUCAAACCGGGCAUCGGAAGACACCGAUAGGAUCAACCAGCCUGCCUCGGACCAAGAAGGUCCAAACGUAGAGCGCAGCCUGAAUUUUGACUGGACCGCCCGACAAGCCUCUCAAUACCUACCCGAAACGCCUAGUGUCCCACUCACCAGUUCAGCCCUGAUUGAUGCCAGAUUAGACACUACAGCCCAAAACCAUGCGCGAAAAUACCCAUUCGUAGCAGAUAGCAUGGCAAUGCUCGACUAUGUGACUCCUCCACAACCGAGUAGGACCCAGGUACCAGAGGACUACAUGGUGCCCCCGAACUCUCAUUUCCUUGAUACUAUAUAUCAGCUCGAUCAGGCCUUUGAUUGGCCCACUUUUGAUAUUCCUGGUGGAAUAUAUGAUUUACUCUCAGGGUGAACUACACCCCCGUGCACUCUUGCAAUUGUUGGAUGGAUUUAUCCUCACACCAUUCUUUUUUCCACAAUUGGCCACUCCAUCCCUCUGUAAUCUACCUAGGUACCCUAUGGGGCCUGGGCAUAGCACACAUUUACCGUGUAUGGAUUUCCUGUAGACUCCACUCUCACUUAAGGCAUGUAAUGUUUCAAAUACCGCCUAGGUGCGAAUUGGAAUGGAGAUAGUCUAUAUCAAAAUAUAAAGUGACGUAUCCCACCCCCAGCCGGCGAAGACAAAGGAUGAUCUAUCUCUAGUUCGUAUUCCAAUGUCCCAAAACCAAAAGUACAGCGAGAAACCACUUCUUUAUAAAGUAUCCAAUGUC